AUCAGAAAAUAAAUAAUAAUGAGCCUCAUUGCAAGAGUUUCUUUGAUUUCUUCUUACACGAAACAUUCAAUAAUUCUCAAUGGAACAGUAAGAAAAUCUUCAAAGAAGUGUUUCAAACCAAUCGUACGAGUCCAGACCAAUAAAAUUUGGAAUAAUAAACCUCAAGACCCAGUUAAAAUUGACCGAGAGACUGUGAAUCUUUUGGAAAGGUUAUCUUUGGUAGACUGUGCUAAUGAAAAAAGUUUGAAACUAAUUGAAAACGCAGUGAAUUUUGCUUCUGUUAUUCAUUCUGUGGAUACUGAAGGCGUGGAACCCCUAGUCACUGUUCUUGAAGACAGGCCGUUGGCUUUAAGAGAAGAUAUUGUACUAAAAGAUUACUCUAAAGAGGAGAUUCUGCAAAAUGCAAAAUUAACUGAAGAAGAUUAUUUUGUAGUGCCUCCUGGAAAUGUUCCGAUAGAACCAGAAGAAUUGUUUGAAAAAACUAAAUCUAAUUGA